CACCGUCCCGAGGAGGCCAGCGAGUUCGACUCGUGCCGGGCUACGAACCGCACACGGUUCGUCGAUCGUUCACCUCGCGAAAGUGAGGGGGUGUUUUCGCUUGAAGGGAGACAGCGUCGCGACGCGACGCAACGCAACGCGACGCGACGCGACACGGGAGCGCGGCAAUUUUCGUCGCCGUCUCUCGCCUUCCUCGCUUUUUCUUUUUUUUUCCUCCCCCUUCCGUCGACGGAGGAAUAUCGCGCGGAAAACGCGCUACAAUCGCGUUGCAAAUUCCGCGGGACGAGCAAGGGAAAUCGCUGUCGCCGAAUAAACAAUACGAUUUGUCUCGUCGCGAGUGCGUGCAGAGAGGACAACGUUGGAAGCGGGGAGGUGGAAGAGAGGAGGUUGAGCACGGACGAGUUAAAUUCAGCGGUCGUUCGUCGACGGCGAAGAAUGAUCCGAGUGAGGAAGGAGCGCUGAGGACUCUAUCUUCGGGGGAGGGAACGAUAUAUAAGCCGCGCCGGUGUUGGAAUCUCUCUCUCUCCCUGGUUCUCCCUGUGAUUUAUAUAAGCCGCGAUCGUAAAUCCGCCCGCGAUCGGCAGAAGAAGAAAGGAAGGAAGGAAGGAAGCAAGGAGUACCGUGUGUGCAGGUGUACCGUGUGUGUACGUGUGUACGUUCGUUCUUGACAGUAUGACCAGUCACGAGUGAGGUCCUCCCUCCCCCCGGUACCCGGAUCCAUCCAUUCCUGCGGAAUCACACGAACACGUGCGAUUCCGGAAAGAUGAUACGCGACUAUCUGAUACUGCUCUCAUGGCUCUGCGCGGUGCAAGGGAAAAUAGGAUAUUUCUGGCAUAUCACCGAUAUUCAUUACGAUCCGAAAUACACUGCGCAAGGAAACGCCGGUCCCACGUGUUGGAACACGAGAAACAUCCUCGAUGGCGGACGUAUGAGGCUCGACAGAAAACUGGCGGGCAAGUUUGGCGACUACAGCUGCGAUUCGCCCUGGGCUCUGAUCGAAUCGGCGGCACGGGCGAUGAGAUCGAUGCACGGCGAUAUCGAGUUCGUCCUGUGGACGGGUGAUGCGCUGACGCGCAACACCGGCAUGAACGCCGAACUGCGUUUGCACUGUUUGCGGAAUUUGACCGAGCUGUUGCACCGCACGUUCAAAGGACACUUUGUGUUCCCCGCGCUCGGACACGAAGACAUAGGCCUGAAUUACACGCAGCUCGCUUCCGUCUGGCAGAAUUGGCUACCGCCGGAAGCGGUGGACACUUUUGUAAAGGCCGGCUACUACACGAUCGAGCAGCGCUCGAAAAAAUAUCGGAUCGUCUUCCUUAAUACGAAUUUGUGGCUGAACCCGGUCGACAGCCGUAUGCUGCAUCGCGUCGGGAGCAGCACGGUCGAUAACACGCAGGAUCCCUUCGGCCAAUGGGCCUGGUUCCAGUCGGUCCUCGAGAAUGCGCGGAAGAAGAAGGAAACGGUGUACAUAGUCGGCCACACGCCGCCGGGAGUGGACGACCACGAAAACAGCGCCGCGACGCUCAACGAGAUGCACAACACGAAGUAUCUGCAGGUGGUGCGGCUCUACGCAGACAUCAUCCGGGGACAGUUCUUUGGCCACUGGCAUUCGGAUACAUUUCGCGUGAUAUACAGCGACACAGGUAUGCCCGUAUCGUGGAUAAUGAUGGCUCCUAGCGUAACGCCGAGCACCGUCGGAGGGCCCAACAACCCGGGCUUGAGACUUUACAAGUUCGAAACUAACACCGGACAGAUUCUGGAUUACACGCAGUACUAUCUUAAUCUGCCCAACGCGAAUUCAAAUGGCAAAGCGAACUGGGAGUUCGAGUACUCGCUGCUCGAGUAUUAUGGGCUGCAGGAGAUAUCGGCGAUCACUCUUCACGAUCUGGCGGACCGGUUUACGCAGUCGAACGAUAAUGCCUUCGUCAGGUAUUACGCGGCCAACACGGUCAUGCUGUCGCGCGACGUGGAGCAAAUCUGGGGCUGCGGCGGUCCUCUCAACGGGGUGUGUGCGCUGCAUCAUUACUGCACUGUGACGAGGCUGAAUCCCGUGUCCUAUAAAGAGUGCUACUCGUCCUACGCCUACGCCCUGGCGUCCGCAGGACACUCCACCGUACGUCUCUACUUUGCGCUACAUCUGCUAGUCCUGUUGAUUUCCUGCGCCGAGGUUCUGAACGACCGGUAGGAUGAGCGAGACGAGUGGACUCCCGAUAGCGCGGGCCACGCCCCGCGUCGGCCCUCCACAACGACGGUCCGCGUCUCUUCUCUGGCAGAAUCCGAUCGAGACGCACCAUCGAUCGGCCACCACGGAUCGGAUCGGAUCUAGGAGCGGUCCACGAGUUAAGGCGAACGCGUCUAGCGAUACGGCGUUACGCCGCCCGGUGUGUCAUCUACUUUGUCUAUGUCUCUGUCGUGUCUCCGUCUUCUCCUUGUCGCGCCACCGAAAUUUGUUCAGGCGCGCUCUCGUUCCGUCGUGUUUGGUGUUGCGUGUGUUCGCCCGUACGCGUUUUCAGGUGAGGCUGUAAAAUCCGAUUUCCGGGGGAUGGGAUAUUCAACAGAUAUCCAGAAUGCUCGGACGCCGUCGCAAUUCAGCUUUGAAAUUGAGAUGUCCGAAUGAUUCGGGUAUAAUACGAUUAUUCGAAUAAUUCCGGUAAUUUCGACCAUUCGGAUAAGUCGGAUAAUUUGAGUAAUUUGAAUAAUUCGUGUUUAUCUGACAGAAUUGAAAUAAUGUUGAAUAUGGUAAAUAAUAAUUCAUGGUUUCCCCUCCCUUCCCUCUCUCUCUCUCUCUCUCUCUCUCUCUCUCUCUCUCUCUCUCUCUCUCUCUCUCUCUCUCUCCCCCUCUCUCUGUCUUUUUAAGGCAAAUAUAGAGUCCAAGAAAUUAUUACUAAAAUUAAUUAAGAGUUUUUGGAACGAUUGAAAAUUUGAUAAAUUCUUAUGUAAUUGUAUGUAAUUGAUAUAAAUUUUCAUAAAGCUUUUCAAAUAUUCAGAUACUUUAAAUCAGAAAUCUCGUGUUUAUCCGAAAUAUCCGAAUAAUAAAGGGAAGAUUGGAUUUACUUGGCUUAUAUAGUCGGCAAACUUGCUAAUAAUUCUUCCUUAGAGAUCAAUCAUCAAUUGGAUACAAGUAUAGAAAUAAUCUCGGAGAAGAUUAGUUUCCAAUUAUCUGAUAAAUUGAUUGUUGGGUUCAAGUUAGCUUAACAGUAAAGAUUUUCCUUACUGGUUUUAUAUGUUAUGAUACAGAUUUACAAAUUAUUAGUAUAUUUGAGUACGUUUUCCUCUAUGGUUACAUUCUCAGAUAAUUUUAUAUCAAAACAGCACACAUAAUCGUACACACGUAAUAAAAUUUUGCGCACAGAAUGCAGAAAAAGUUUCAUCCAACAUAAAAUUGAAUAGCUUUUAAAUUUAUUAUAGGUCUCACAUCACAUUUUUUACAAUCUGCGUGUAUUUAUCUACCUACACGCUUUUGCAAGGAAACACCGAGAAUUAUGAGCAACGUGUCAAUGUAACCAAUUCGAGAUGCAGUCUUCCUUAAAAUACCUGAACAAUUAUCCAAAAUAUUUACAGUUUAAGUUGCAAGUUGCUCGCGUGGAAGUAACUUGUCGCGUUUCUUCGGCGCGGCUGCGGCUGCCGUUGUCAAAAAAAAAAAAAAAAAAGAAGAAAAAGAAAAGGAAAGCAAAGAAAAUAGGGAUCACGUCGAAACCAUUCCUUUCGUCUUCGUCCGUAAGUUUCAGCGAGCUCUCGAGCGUAAACCACCGAUCGACGUAGCGUCCCGCCCCAGCGCGGCGAUCCGAACGGUUUCGCGGUCGCGAACGAUACGGGGAAGGGUUGCAACGGCUGACGUACCACCGCGUGAGCACGGUGCGAGGGGGGAUUGAGUUAGAAUAGAUCGAAAGGGUCGAAGGCCGGUCCCCUUAGCCGCAUUCUCGGAUAAGUACCCGGCGUCCUCGUCGUGCGCUUAUAUUCAAAUGUAAUUAAAGUUUUACACGGAGGGGUACUUUUACGCCGCUUCGUAAUCCAAUGUCAAAACUCCGGAACACCGCCCUGGAAAACGCUCCGAGCAAAGUCGACGACUCGAGAAGGAGGCUGCGUCGAAGCUCUUCAUAGCUUGAAGAUUAUAUUCGUACUACCAUUUCGCGAUUGUCGGAACGAUGCAGUAUUUCUUAAUAAAGGACUCAUGGAUUUGUAA